AUGACAAGCUUCCACAAUCGGCCGGAGGAUGCAGUGCAGGACAUCUUUUUACGGCUCCCUGCUGACGCUUUGGUACUAUUCAAGCGCGUUAGCAAGUAUUGGGAUAUCAAAUCGAGCAACAUAAUGUUGGAUUCAAAUUUCAACGCCAAGCUUGGGGAUUUCGGCUUAGCAAGGCUAGUGGACGAAGCCACUGGUCCCCGGACAACGGGGUUGGCCGGAACAUGGGGCUACAUGGCACCGGAGUACAUAAACACGAGCAAGGCGAGCAACGCGUCGGACGUGUACAGCUUUGGGGUGGUGGCGUUAGAAAUAGCAUGUGGGAGAAAAUCCAUUGAACGCAAUUCGGAAGAGGAGGAUAGGGUUUCUCUUGUUUCUUGGGUUUGGGCCUUUUACGGAAGUGGAAGGCUUCUUGAUGUGGUUGAUGAGAGGUUAUGCAUGGAAUUUGACGUGAAACAGAUGGAGUGUUUGCUGACCGUUGGAUUGUGGUGCGUUCAUCCGGACCAUAAUCUAAGACCGUCCAUAAAGGAAGUCAUACAAGUCCUUAGUUUUGAAGCGCCAUUGCCCGAUCUUCCCAAAAACAUGCCUGUUCCCAACUAUCAUGCACCUGAGAACGCUACAAUACAAGUUCCUUUAUCUACUAGUGAGCCCACCAUAACUUAUUCGUCAAUUUUCUUAGGCCGUUAA